CGCUAGAUUUUCUGCUGAACUCGCCAUCGCCGUUUUCAUUCGUGUUCGCUUGUUGCCGGAAAGUAGUCGCCAUCGCACUUCUGUCGACGAUAAUUUUCUUCUCACCGAGAAAAUUAAACUUGUGAACAGUGCCAUUUAGCCAUAUUCCACUGCGCUUAACCCCAAAGGCGAACGUGAGCGCGCGGAGAACCCAGAAAAAUUUGGAGGAAAAGCCAAAAGCCGAGACACAAAACCGCCACGAAGGGGCUCCCCGGAGAGAAAAGCGAAGGAGGCGCUGAUUCAUUCAACUUGCAGUGAAAUUUUUUUGGGUGUUGCGCAGAAACGACAUUUGAGAUCUCUCUCUCCGUUGUAUUUUUCUGUUUCACCCAUUCACAUUGCGUUUUUUUGCCAACACAGACCAGUAAGAAGAAGAGAAAAAAAAACGAGAAGAAACGCGAAAAGCCAAAAAAAAACCGCGAGUGUUAAUUCCGGCUGGUCUCUGGGCAAACUCUUCACACCGGAAGAUUAUCCUUGUGUAAUUGUGUAAUUUUAACCCAGUUUGGGGCGCAUUUACCUUUUUUUGGGCAUAUUAGCUGGCAAGAAGAAUACGCUACUAAAUCACAAUGAGCUGGCAGGAUUACGUUGACAAUCAGCUUCUGGCUUCCCGGUGCGUUUCGAAAGCGGCCAUUGCUGGUCACGACGGUGGCGUUUGGGCCAAAUCCGAUGGAUUCGAGGUGACCAAGGAUGAAAUUUCAAAACUAGUGAAAGGGUUUGAAAGGGAAGACCUGCUCACAAGUGGUGGUGUCACCUUAGCUGGUCAACGAUAUAUUUACUUGUCGGGUACCGAUCGAGUCAUACGUGCCAAAUUAGGCAAAGUUGGUGUACACUGUAUGAAGACCCAGCAAGCGGUCAUAGUAUCUAUCUAUGAGGACCCUGUUCAACCGCAACAGGCGGCUUCAGUUGUAGAGAAACUUGGUGAUUAUUUGAUUACAUGCGGGUACUAGAGGUUGAUGUGUGUGCUCGAACGAUCAUGUAAUCACAUUUCUCUUCGGCAUUAAUUUGUAUAAGAAUUAAUAAUUAAUAAUUGAGAAAGAAAAAGAAAGCAAAAAAAAAGCGGAAAGAAGGAUGAAAAAAAGAUAAAGAAAAGAAAGAUAUAAGAAAAAAGAAAGAAAGGAUACAAAACACACAGCUAUAACAUUAAAGAAUAAUGAUUAUAUAAAUAAUAAUGAGAAGGAUAUAGUAAGAAAGAAAAAUGAUAAAUUCUGUACUUUUGUGACUAUACUGCACAUUUUUUUUAAAAAUUCUAAAAAAGAAGAAAUCUAAAUAUACUUCUUUCAGAGCGGAAUCAUCAAGUUUUUUUUGUUUUGGUAGUAAAUUCGGAAGAGAUCAAUAUUGAUGGUUUGAUUUUUGCAAAAUUUUCUUUUCUACCCUGUCGCCUCCAUCAGAUAGAGAAAAAAAAGUUAGAAAGAUGAGAGAGAAAAGUGAGAAACUAGGGAUUAGUUGAGUAAAGAGAUUUGUAAUACAUUUUGAAAAAUGAUGUAAUAAAAGGAAAAUCUAUGUUAAUCUAGUACCAAAAUGUUUGGAAAAGAGAUUCAGUGAAUAAAAAUAAAAGAAAAAUUCAGUAUCAUAUAGGGACUUUUUGUUUUUAUUUUUUUUCUUUUUUGGUCGAAAUAGUAAUAGAAAUAUUUCAAAUAAUUACAGCUUUUUUGGCUUAGUUUUUUUUUGUAACACGAUUGGUAAAAUUGAUUUUUUUUAUCUAAAUGAAUGAAAUUGGAAAAUUAACUUGCAUCAGAUAUCUAAUUUAAAGUUUUUUUUUGUAGUAAUUUUCUUGCAAUUUAAUUAGUUUUACCGAUGAGAACUGGCUUUUAUGCAUUUUGUCUUUUUAUUUGUUUUUAAAAAUGCAUUUGUUUUUUAAAAAAAAAUCUAUUUACUCUAAAAUAAUAUUGUAGGAUCUUUUGUAUAUUUGAUUUCUCUCGCAAUUACAAUUUAUUUCCUUUCUUCUCACUCUCUUAAAAAAAAGGAACCCCAAUGUUUUAGCCGUUUUUUUUUCUAUAUUUAAAUGUAGAGAUUUUAAAGUGAAAAAAAUACUUAUCAUUCUUAUAAAUCAUAAUUAAAAUGAAAAGAGCGCAAAGAUAAAAAACAAUGAGUAAGGUUUAAUGUCAUUGAAGAAGAAAAAACAUUUCAUAAAAAACGUGAAAGAUUUUUUGCGGAAAAAAAUAAUCAAAUAAAAAAAAUAUUGUGAGAUAUAAAAUGGAAAGAAAAAUCAAGAUAAAGAAAAAAGCUAUUCUUUCGAUUUUAUUCGUCCAUUCAAAGACCAAUUUGCAAAAUUGAUAUUCUGUAAAUUGCCUGUGGACAUGUAAAAUCGAAAGAAUUUUCUUGGUAAUAAAAAAAAUAACUAUUGAAAAAAAAGGUAAUUUUUUUAAGGAUAAAGAGAAAGUUCAUUUUUUUCUAUUACUCUAGUAGUGUAGUAUUUUUAUCAGAUAUUUAAAGAGAAAAAAAGGAUGAGAAGAAAAAGUAAUAAAAAAAAAAUGAUGAGAAUUAUUCUGAUGAUGAAAGAAAUAAUAUUGUAAUUUCUGUGUUGUGACUAAACAAAAAAAAAAAUAUGAAUUAUAUUGAGAAAAAAAUAGAGCAGUGGAGUCAAAGCUUUUUUUUCUUUUUUGCGUCUUCGAAAAAAAAAAUAAUAAAUAAAAAUAAAAAAAAUUAGAAAGUAUAUAAUAAAAAUCUUUGCUAAAUUUUUGUGAAAAAAAAUUCUUUCAUCUUCCAAUUCACUGACAUUUCUUUUUUUUUCGUGAGAGUUGAUGUGAUUUAUUUUUUUUGUGGACUGACGAAAUAACUAAGAAAGUAAAUAAAUAGAUUAAGGAAAGGAUUUGUGAUGAAAUAAUACAUGUUUUUUUAGAGAGAAGAAAAUAAAAGAAAUAGCAAUUUUUUCAGCAGUAUUUAGAUUUUUCCACAAUUACAUUUUCUCCACUUGCUACAAAAAAAACCUUUUUUCUUCCAUUUCACAUACUUUUCACAUCAUAUUUUUCUUUAAUCUAGAAUAUCACAAAAAAAUGGAAAUAGAAAACAAGAAAAACGACAAUUUAUUUCAUAAUUUAAAAAGAAAAAUAAAAAAAUGAAGAUGAAAAUUUAACGUAAUGCAAUGAAAGAUAUGCGCAACAGGAAAAAGAAUAUUUCAAAACUAUUUAGCAAAAAACAUUUAUUUUGCUAAUUAUUUUCGAAAUAUCCAAUUGAUUUUAUAAUUGUAGCAUUAAACAUUUAUACAGAAUCCAGAAGAAUUUCCAUGUUUUAAGUAAAUGAAAAAAAUAAAAGAUAAUUAUAUCACAAUACAAAAAAACGAGGAAAAAACAAUAGUAACUAAAAAAAAUAAAUAAAUAGUUGAAAAUAUAGCGACUUUGAUACCGGCAAAUAAAAUAAAGUAACAAUUUUUAAUAAUGAAAAAAAAAACUGUGUGUAAUAACAAAUAAGCUAGUGGUUUUGAGAAAAAAAUGCGAUAAAAAACAUUUCGUAAUUUUUUACAUGAUGUUGUGUAAAAUCCAUGAAAAAGAAAUAUUUAACAAUUUUUUUCCUCCCAAUUGCUAGUCCCCCCCGAAUAAGGCAAGAUAUAAUAAAAAUGAAAGAAAAAAAUAAUAAUUUAGUAAAAACACAAAAUGAAUCAUCCUUGUCGGAAAGAAAUAUUUGCAGUGAAAGGAUCAAUUUUCUUUGAAGUGAAAAAGAAAAAACUCAGAGUUCUCAUCUGAAAAAUUAAUGCAAAAAAUUGAGAUAUUUAUGCAUGUAAAAUUAACAAGAAAAUUUGUAAAAGCAACACAGAUAUGCAAAUUAAAGACGAUAAAUCGA